CAAAACAUAUGUUAGUUGUCCAAGUCGGAUAGAAGGACAACCCGUUUUGAUGAGAUAAGGUUGUGGCUCGUUGGCUACCUUACUAUGGCUACAUUAUCGGAAGGGGGCGCUACGGAUUCUUACAGGAGGGACCGAGAUCUCGACGCGUCACAGAUUUCAGUGCAACAUCGGAAGUUCAAAUCUGUGAAUUCCAACUUUACCAAAGUCCACACAUCCAUUUAGGAGCAUUCCUGACGACCUGAACAUAUAUAAUAGGCUACUGUCCAAAUUAAAUAUUACUUGUGUUCACUUUCACUGAAAGUCCCAUAUCAAUGAUUGCUAUAUAGCUGUUGAGGACUGCAUUUGUCGCUCUUGUUAAAGAGAGGAAUUUGAACACACACAAUUUGCUAAUCCACAGAGGAAUUUCCACAAUCCAGACGAUCAUAAAGAGCAGGAAGUGUUUACACGAGAAGCACAAAGAGAAGAGACACAGAGCAGAGGAAAGAGAACAAGUGAGCUGCAGUCACAGAGGAAAGAGAACAAUGUGGAAAGCAGCAGUGUCUGUGUUCCUGCUACUAAACCUGGAUAUACAGGUGAAUGGUGCUGUAGAUAAGACGAGGGGGUCUGUGGUAGAAAACUCCAGGACGGAGAAGAAGGUGAAGACAGAAGAGGCUGAAGCAAACAACAACAUUCCUGCAAGUGACACUGCUUCUUCAGGUUUUUUGGGCAACUUGCUGGUGGUACCCAUGGAUGGGAGUCACUGGGUGGGUUUAAAGGCCAUUGCCCAAGAAAUGGGUCGUCGUGGACACCGGGUUACAGUGGUGAUUCCAGAGAUCAGCAUGCGGAUGGGCCCAGGGAAACACUACGACACUGUGACCUAUCCUGUUCCUUAUGACAAGGCUCAUAUGGAUUCUGUCAUGGCCUCACUCAAGGACAUGAUGAAAAAAUCGUCUUUCACAGAGAAGAUAAGGAAAGGAUUCUCAAACAUGCAGAAAUUCAUAGGGUUUAUGCACACCACAGCAGAGAGUCUACUGUUCAAUGUCAGUCUGAUCUCACAUCUGGCACAGCAGAACUUUGAUGCAGUCCUAACAGACCCUGUGGCACCCACAGGCUCAUUAAUAGCUCGAAAAUUAGGUAUCCCUACUAUAAAUUUGCUGAGGGGACUUCCAUGUUCCUUGGAUAUGAAGUCUGCAGGCUGCCCCUCCCCGCCCUCAUAUGUGCCCCGCUUGUUGACCAGAUACACAGAUAAAAUGAGCUUCCAGGAGAGAGCUUUCAACACUUUGGUGGCUUUAUUGGAGCCGUUGCUAUGCCGACUGUUGUUUUGGCACUUUGACCAAAUAGCCUAUCAGUUUCUGGGAGAGGAGGUGGGCAUAGCUGAAGUGCUGUCAGAGUCUGCUAUCUGGCUGCUGAGGAUGGACUUCACACUGGAGUUCCCACGUCCUCUCAUGCCUAAUGUAGUACUAGUUGGUGGAAUCAACUGCAACGUGAGACAUCCUCUGCCUGAGGAUCUGGAGUCCUGGGUGUCAGGAGAACAUGGGUUUGUAGUGUUCACCCUGGGCACCAUGGUGUCAGAUCUACCAGAAGAGACAACCUCCGUCUUCUUAGAAGCUUUCAGACAGAUUCCACAGACGGUUAUAUGGAGGUACACUGGGCAGGUUCCCGACAGUUUCCCAGAAAAUGUGAAGUUGAUGAAAUGGGUGCCUCAGAAUGACCUACUAGCACAUCCUGGAGCUCGGGCUUUCAUCACUCAUGCUGGUUCUCAUGGUCUCUUUGAGGGACUGUGUCACGGUGUUCCCAUGGUGAUGAUACCAAUUGGGGGGGACCAGCCUGACAACGCGGUGAGGUUGGCGAGCAGAGGAGCUGGAGUCGUGUUGGAUAUUUAUUCGAUCACUACAGAGAGCCUUCUUCAGGGACUGAAUGAGGUCAUCAAUGACACCAGGUAUAAAGAGAACAUGCAGAAGCUGUCGGCUCUCCAUAAAGACCGGCCAGUUGACCCACUGGACCUUUCAGUGUACUGGACAGAAUUUGUGAUGCGGCACAAAGGGGCAAAACAUCUCAGACCAGCUGUCCAUGACCUCAACUGGCUCCAGUACUACUGCCUGGAUGUAAUAGCAGUACUGGCUACUCUAGUGCUGUUUUUUGUAAUACUGACAGUAAAGUGCUUGAAACUAUGCUUCUGGAAACUGAGCAGGAAGAGGAAGCAGGACUAACCUUCGGGUUUCUUGUGCACAUUUCCAAAGAAGUUUCCAAGUGAUCAAAUUACCAGAAAACAACUGUUGGUUGCUAUACACAC